AUGAAAAGCGAUGUUGUGAUUCUUGCUACAUGGUAUAAAGGAGAUGAGAAGCUAAUGAACAAGUUCGAAUCGCCGAUAUUUCGGAAACUUAUAGCUCGCAGACGAUUCAUCCUCGUAUCAAGCUUGGUGAUAAUGGGGUAUGUUGAGGGUCUAUCAAACUUGCCUCUACUCGAGAUCCGGUCCCAGUGGCCUGCGGAAUUCCUGGAAGGGAACUUCGAGUUGCCAAGUAUCAAGGAUAUGGAGAAGGAUGUGAAAGUGGGGGAAGAUCACAUGAACCAAUAUGGUAGAAGGAACUUUUGGAGGUCCUGUUUUGGGGUAAAUGACAUAUGGGCCAGUGACCAAUUGUGCAAAGAUCUGGGUUGCAAUCCCCGAAGGAAUAAGGGGUUUUUCGCGGAGUGGUUUCAACCUUAUGGACCAACUGAUUACGCAGGCCUUACUCGUAAGCCGUAA